AUGUUCUUAAAACAACUAACCUUUAUGAGUCAUUUCAGACAAGUUAAUGGAUUAAACUUCAGGGUAAAUUUGAUUCGAUCUUUCCAUAAACAAUUUACUCCAUCGACAUUUCACCUUCCAACUAUAUAUGCGUUGGCCACUCCACCUGUUCAGAAAUCAGCCAUUGCUGUAAUUAGAAUAUCCGGUAGUGCAUCCGGGUACAUAUACCACAAAUUGACGAGGAGAAAGAGAGACCCGACGCCUAGAAUGAUGCUACUUCGAAAUCUAUAUAAACCUAAUGAGAACAUAUUGACACAGAACUUACUAGAUCAAGCACUGGUGACUUUAUUCCCUGGUCCACAUAGUUUUACUGGAGAGGAUUCUUUAGAGUUAUAUAUCCAUGGGGGAACUGCUGUUGCUCAAAGUGUUCUUGAAGCAAUUGGAAAACUAAACGAUAGAACAAAUAACAUUAACAUUCGUUAUGCUGAGGCAGGUGAAUUUUCAAAACGUGCAUUUCAAAAUCAAAAAUUUGAUUUAACUGAAGUUGAAGGUAUAAAGGAUCUUAUCGAUGCUGAGACAGAAUCUCAAAGAAAUAGUGUCUUAUCUAGUUUUAGUGGUUCCAACAAAAAACUAUUUGAGAAUUGGAGAUCGCAAUUGGUAAACAAUGAAGCUCAGCUAACUGCAAUAAUAGACUUUGGUGAUGAUAACGAUAUAGACUCCGAUAAUUAUAAAAUAUUUUCCAAUGUAGAAUCCAGUGUUAGGAUCCUUAAGAGAGACAUUGAUGAUUUUGUAAAAAGGGUGGAUAGAGCUCAUUUAUUACAAAGUGGACUAAAAUUAGCAUUAAUAGGUGAACCCAAUGUUGGUAAAUCAUCUUUACUUAAUACUUUAGCUAAGGAUGAUGUUUCGAUUGUGAGUAAUAUUCCAGGGACUACCAGGGAUACAAUUGAUAGAGUAAUGGAUUUGGAAGGCUACAAGAUCGUUUUUUGUGAUACUGCAGGCAUUAGAGGGAAUACAGAGGAUGAGAUAGAACAAAUAGGUAUUGAGAGAGCCAUGUUGAAGGGUGGACGAAGUGAUGUGUGUGUGAUUGUGGUUGAUUCAUCUAAGGGUGGAAUCACAGAUCCCAAGAUUAUUGAACUAGUUAACUCUGAAAUGUUUAAAGACAAACCUUUAUUAAUUGUUUUGAAUAAAAUUGAUUUAAUGGACUCCGAAAAGAUCAAUAUUAUUAUGGAUCAUUUACAGAAUACUUUUAAGGGUAGAAGCGUCGUACUUCCUGUGUCUUGUAAUACUGGAGAAGGUAUUGAAAAUUUAAUAACGGGACUAAUUAGAAUAUUCAAAGAUCUGGCUUUGGUUGAUGAACAAAAUAAUUCAAUCACUGUCUCACAAAGAAUUAGGGAGAUCCUUCAUAAUGAUGUUUUGUAUGGCCUCGAUUCAUUUUUAAUGGCCAAAAAAUUAGGAAACGAUGUGGUUAUGGCGUCUGAAGAUUUAAAGUAUGCCAUAGAUGGGAUCGGUAAAAUCACUGGUUCGCAUGUUGGUGUUGAAGAAGUUCUUGGAGUUGUCUUUUCAACUUUCUGUGUUGGUAAAUAG